UACUAUAAAUAACAUGAUCAUUCCUCGAGUUAAGGAGAGAAGCGAGGAGUCGCAAAGAAAAAGGGGGAGAAAAUGAGAGAACGAAAGAGAUAACUAACAUUGGCGAUCUCUCGAUUUCGAUGCAUUUUUUUUCAUCUUUUUAGGAUUUCGAUCGAUGCAUUGAUCUUCAGGCGAUGAUCGAUUCGGUUCCGUUCAGUCAUUGAACCGAUCAGAUCCGAGUGUUUUUUUAAAAUAGGGAAUUUCGAUGAAUUUGAUAAUUGCGAUCUUGGAUUUUCACAAUGCUGCAAUGAUCGAAGGAUUUCGCCGUUGGAUUUUGCCGGCAUUUAGCUCUGACCUAGAGUUUGUGGGUUUAAAUGAAGUCACUUUUUGAGUAUUGAGGUAGGAGGCGGAUUACAGAAUGGGGAGCGUGAAUCAUGAGGUCGAUGCAACCUGGAAAAGAUGGCAAGUAGUGCAAUGGCUGAACAAUUUGUUCCCGGACUUUAACUUGCCUUUGUACGCAUCGGAGGAGGAAUUUAGAGACCAAAUGUUUGAUGGUGUAGUUUUGUGUGCCAUUCUGAAUAGGAAGAAUUUGGGUUCAAUCCAGAGUCAGAGAGGUGUUUUUAUUUCUUCGGAGCAGAGAGUGUACAAUCUAAAGAGGUUUCUUUCAGCUAUGGAUGAAAUGGGGCUGCCCAGAUUCAAUGCAUCAGAUCUGGAGCAGGGAUCUAUGUCUGGUGUUGUGGAUUGUCUCUUAUCUCUCAGGGAUCGCAUGAAUUCUGGUAUAAGGGAAGGUGGCAUUUAUAAUGCCACUAAAUGUGGAAGCCAACAAAGAAAGCAGUGGAAUAUUUCACAAGGGGGUAGGGUGGAACAUAUUGACACUUCACAAGGAAACCACAGACAACGUGAACCAAAUUCUCCAGUCUCGGGAGACGAGAGGAAACAAAGCAUUUUAGAACCAAAAUUCCAGAAUGUGUUACGAAAUACUAUCAUGUUAGAGCCAUCUACUGCACUGUCGCAUUCUGUGGGAAAUAAGCUCCAUGAGGUUUUCCAGUUAAAACAAGGACGGUAUUCUGCUCUCCCUGCUGCCAAGAUCUCAGAAAUGAUGAAAUCAAAUAGUUUAGACAAUGCCCCAACACAGUCGCUCCUGAGUGUAGUUAAUGGGAUUCUUGAUGAGAGCAUUGAGAGAAAGAGUGGGGAAAUUCCUCAUCGCAUAGCAUGGUUGCUGAGAAAAGUUGUACAAGAAAUUGAACGUCGUGUUUCAACUCAAGCGGACCAUAUAAGAAGUCAAAAUAAUCUCAUUAAAGCGCGUGAAGAGAAGUAUCAAUCAAGAAUAAAAGUGCUUGAGACAUUAGCUUCUGGGACAAGUGAAGAAACCCGGAUAGUUUCAAACCAUCUGGAGAAGAUAAAGACAGAAAAAACAAAAGUUGAAGAGAGUAAGAAACAUGUUGAUCAAGAUACCGUUGUUCUGAAGAGGGAAAAGGAAAAUAGUGAUCUCAUGAUCUCAAACUUAAAAGAGGAACUGGAAACUGGUAAAAGGUCGUACUCAAACUUAAAGGAGGAACUGGAAACUGCUAAAAUGUCGCACUUAAACUUAAAAGAGGAACUGGAAGCUGCUAAAAUGUCAUACUCAAACUUACAAAAGGAACUGGAAACUGCUAAAAGGUCGUACGAACAACACUGCCAACAGUUGGCGAAAAGUUAUAAGGAAGUCAAGUUACAAUUAGAGGGGAGAAUAAAGGAGGCUGAAACCCUUUUGCAAGAGUCGAGAAAGAGAACCACAGAACUAGAGGCGUUCUCGGAAUCAAAAUUCCAAAAUUGGAACAAGAAAGAACAUGUUUUUCAGAACUUCAUAGGCUUCCAACUACAGUCAAUCAAGAAUAUUAGGGUAGAAUCUAAAUCCAUCAAGCAAGAAGUUUUCAGAACUCAAGAAGGAUGGAGGGAAGAAAUGACGAACUUGGGUGUAAAGCUAAAAGUACUAGUAGAUGCUGCUGAGAAUUACCAUGCAGUUGUAGCAGAAAACCAGAGACUGUACAAUGAGGUUCUAGAAUUAAAAGGGAAUAUCAGAGUAUAUUGUCGAAUAAGGCCAUUCCUUCCUGGUCAAAAAGGAAAGUCGAGUAGUGUUGAAUAUGUGGGAGAAAAUGGUGAAGUUCUGGUCAUAAACCCCUCUAAACAAGGAAAAGAUGGGCGUCGGCUGUUCAAAUUCAAUAAGACAUUUGGUCCAGCUUCUACUCAAGAGGAAGUAUAUUUGGAUAUUCAGCCUUUAGUGCGGUCUGUACUUGAUGGCUACAAUGUUUGUAUAUUUGCGUAUGGUCAAACUGGUUCUGGUAAAACCUAUACAAUGAGUGGGCCCAAUUCACCAACCAAAGAGGAGCGGGGGGUUAACUUUCGAGCUCUGAAUGAUCUUUUUGAUAUUUCUCACUCUAGGAAGAAUGCUUUCUCGUAUGGAAUAGGUGUCCAGAUGAUUGAAAUAUAUAAUGAGCAAGUCCGUGAUCUCCUGACAAGCAAUGAUUCACAAAAGAAACUUGGGAUCGUGAGUGGUUUGCAAGGCAAUGGACUUGCUGUUCCUGAUGCAAGCAUGCUACCAGUUAAAUCGACCUCAGAUGUCCUGGAGUUGAUGCAAUUUGGAUUUUCAAACAGGGCGAUGAGUUCAACUGCAAUGAACGAAAGAAGUAGCCGAUCUCACAGUGUUGUUACUAUCCAUGUUGAAGGCACAGAUUUGAAAACUGGAUGCAGUACACGCGGUAGCCUUCAUCUAGUCGAUCUCGCUGGAAGUGAGAGGGUGGAUCGCUCUGAAGUAACAGGAGACAGGCUUAAGGAGGCACAACACAUCAACAGAUCUCUAUCUGCACUGGGAGAUGUCAUUUUCGCUUUAGCACAAAAGAGUAGUCAUGUGCCAUACAGAAAUAGCAAACUGACACAAGUUCUUCAGAGUUCCUUGGGUGGACAUGCAAAGACACUAAUGUUUGUACAGGUCAAUCCGGAUGUAGACUCAUUCUCAGAGACAAUGGGUACAUUGAAAUUUGCAGAAAGGGUAUCUGGAGUUGAACUGGGUGCUGCACGGAGCAAUAAAGAGGGCAAGGAUGUUAGAGAUCUGAUGGAACAGGUGGCAUCCCUUAAAGACACAAUUGCUCAGAAAGAAGAGGAAAUUGAAGAAUUGCAACUGCUCAAAGAUCCCAAGGCUACUAAGGGAAGCAACACAUUGAAGAACUCAUCGUCCUUUUCAGGCAUUUCACUUUCAAAUGGACAAUGUGGCCAGCGAUUAACUCGUGGAAGGCUGUCAAAGUCUGACGAAAAGAUUGCUUCAGAUCCUGAAAACUACUCAGAAAAUAUGGAUGCAGAGGAAAGACUUAGUGACAUAUCUGAUGGCGGACUUUCUAUGGGAGCAGAAAUUGACAGUCCAGCUAUUAAUAACUUCCCUGAAGCUGGCAAACCAUCAGAAAGCCCAGGAGAAAAGAUGCCUAGAGUUUCACCACACAUGCCUCAACCACUUCCAGUGAAAACUGGACAAACAAUGUCCACCCGAUCAAAGCUAAAAGAUCCUUUGAAGUUUCCAGCAGGGUGACAUCUUCUGUUUUCCUCUUGUUUCCGUUGUGAGAAAAAGUACGAGCAGCCCGACAACUACGCCUUCACCCAAGUUCAAGCGCUAGCGGUAUAGCAAGUGAAUUUUCCUAUGAGGACCAAUUAUUAUCAGCAAAGAUUUUGUAGAUUGUUUUACAUGACAGCUAUUAGUGAAUUGUUCUUGAUAUUUUAGGAGUUAGCUCAGUGAUGUGGCGAUACCAAUUCACACAAUUAUAAUAAUAAUUCUUGCAAUAUAUUUAACUCAUUUGGACAAUUAAUUAAUUAAUUAAUUGUCAUGUGUAAGAAUAUUUUGUUUGUUGUAUAAGAAUAUUUCGUUUGUUGUA